ACAAUCGAUUACAGAUUUCCACUCACUGACAGUGGGUUGGGCUGCCCCUUCACUUCCCUCUGUAAAAGAAAAAUAAGGAUGUUCAUUGUUUGGUCAUACUGGUACAUUACCUACAUGGACACCAAGGGUUUUCAGAAAAAGCAGCAGGCUGGACAAUUAAAGGGAGGUCUAACAAUGUCCUCGAGAACAACAGGAAGUGUGUUGGUGGUUUUCCUCUGGUCUCUGACAGUGGUACUGGGUCAGGGUGACUGGGGUGUGACCUACUCCACUCAGAGUAUCUGUGCCUUGAAGGGGUCAACAGUGGAGCUGAGCUGCACCUACAAGUAUCCAAGUGGUUAUAAAGUCACAUCAACCUUCUGGUUCACUAGAAAAGAAGCUGAUGAGAAUUUUGUGAACUAUGACUACAGAGGUCGUGUGACGUACCGUAACAAUAAUAAUAACCACACCCUGAUAAUCACAGACCUGAGAGAGAGUGACUCAGCUCAGUACUGGGUCAGAUUUACACCAGAUCAGCCUGAAGGGAAAUUGAUUGGCCAACCUGGAGUCAAUCUGUCUGUCACAGGUCUUUGGGUUGAGGUGACUGGUGGAUAUAUGAAGACACUGACCUGUAAAACCAAGUGUCCUUUGACUGGUAACACCACCUACAUCUGGUACAAGAAUGGACAACAGAUAGAUGAAAGCUCCUCCACCCAGUACAAAGACCCAGUCUACAGUAACCAUGAAGACAGUUACUCCUGUUCUGUUAAAGGUCAUGAGGAUCUCCACUCUCCUACAGUGUUCCUAAACAGAGUGGUAGGUGGAGGGAUAUGUUGACCCCUGAGGACCUAACCACAGACCCAGGGUAUGCAGGUCGGGUGGAGUAUA